AUGCUGCUGAUUAGACGAUUCGAGGAAGCGUGCGGGCGCCUUUACAUGCAAGGCAAGAUUCGCGGCUUCCUGCACCUCUACAUUGGUGAAGAAGCCAUCGCAGUCGGUGCUAUAUCUGCGCUCCGUCCCGACGAUUACGUUAUCGGUCACUACCGCGACCAUGGUCAUGCCAUCGCUAAGGGAAUGGACCCAAAAAUUGCGAUGGCGGAGCUGUGCGGCAAGUCAACGGGAAGCAGUGGAGGCAAGGGCGGCUCAAUGCACCUUUUCGAUGUUGAAAGGCACUUCAUGGGCGGCCACGCCAUUGUAGGAGGGCAGAUGCCCAUAGCGGCAGGACUUGCACUGUCAAGCAAGUACAAGAAGGAAGACCUUGUUACCUUGUGCUUCUUUGGCGAUGGCGCCGUCAACCAGGGCGAGUUCCAUGAGACGCUGAAUCUCGCUUCGGUGUGGAAGUUGCCCAUACUGUUUCUGCUUGAGAACAACCUCUACGGCAUGGGUACGCAUGUUGACCGCACUCACGCGGGCGGCAGGCACAUUUACGAAGUGGCGAGUGCGUAUGACAUUCCCGGCGUCCAGAUAGACGGUAUGGAUGUUCUUGGUGUCAACGAGUGCGUUUCAGAGGCUGUCAAGUCCAUCCGAAAGGGUGAGGGGCCGCGCUUCAUAGAGGCGAUGUGCUAUCGCUAUCGUGGUCACUCCAUGGCGGAUCCCACGAUGUACCGAGAACGAGAUGAGGCUCAAGAACUAGGGAUCAAGGACCCGAUAGACAGUCUGAAGAACUUCAUGAUUCAGUUCGAUGUCGCGGGUGAAGAGGAACUCGCCAAAAUUGCAGCCAAAGUGGACGAGCAAGUCAAUGAAGCCGUGCAGUUCGCAGAGGAUAGUCCUGCGCCUGAUAUGGACGCGAUGUACACAAAUGUUUACGCAUAG